CUGGAUGCCUACGAAGCCUGCUUGCGCUCAUGCCGAAAAUGAACCCGAUCAGAUCGGUUGAUUGACGCGCAGUGCGUGAACUCAGGUUUCACACGAAAUGCACGACUGGCCAGUUCCCUCGGUGCAAUCCGGACUUGAUCGCCUCUGAACGCUCAAAAUCAGGAGUUAGCAGGACGUCGAGCGUGUCGCUUCCAUGACGAAUUGAAGUUUUUGAUACGUUUCUACUGCAUUGGUAGAACUGUGGGCUGAGCAUGCUUGCCUUGUGCAGACUACAACAAGUGCCAAUAUACUCGAUACAACUGAUCGCAAAGGGUGAAGCAGCUGUACACUCGCCAGAUUCCCCUGGAACGCCAACGAUACCAUCUUCGGCACGGGAGUAUGCUUGGACGUUCUUGCCCCUCCAGCUUCCAUUAGACCCUGAUCAGACUCCAAUUUCGAUCGGUCGCCGUGCCGAUGAUCGUACCCGGUGAUAUUCUGCACUAGAGACUUAGUCACCAGGCCACGGAACUCCAAAUUCGAGAUUACAUUCCUCCAAAGUCACCAACGCGAGCAUUCCGAGGGAGUGUCUGGAGCUGAUCGUGCUGGGUCAUCAUGGUGUUUGGUAAGCGCAUCCCGUCUCAUCCACGAGAUUUGCAAGCAGUAGCGGGGGAACAGCACUCUUCGUCCCCAUCUGCUCCUCGUGGCAAGAAGCAACGGGAGACUGGAACAUGGGCAGCAGCCAGCUUUCUUUAUCCAAUUACUGGAGCCGAAUUCCAAGCAGCGAUUUCCCUCACCAUCAACUUGGUACCGUAUCUAGCAGGGACUAUGCACCAUUCCAUAUCCGAGUCGACGAAAAUCACCAACAACUUCACGGGGACAUGUUACAUCUUGACAGUGGUGGGAGGAUUCUUCGCGGACAGCUACUUAGGAACAUACUGGACCAUCGCCGGAGGCUCGGUCAUCACCGCCCUGGGCUUAGGCUUAUUGACAUUCACUGCUGCGUACCAGGGACUGCGGCCGGCCGAGUGUACGCCCACCGCAACAACGCACUGCAGCGGUGCGGGAGUUCGCGACAUGGCACCGCUCUAUGUGGCGCUGUACACGAUCGCUUUGGGAACAGGAGCGGUGAGACCGAACACGGCAGCGAUCGGGGCGGACCAGUUUGAUGGUUCUUCAGACAUCGAGAAGGAGCAAGGCGUUCGAUUCUUCGUUUGGUUUUACUUUUUCACCAACCUCGGCUUGCUUGUGGCCUUCACUCUCGGUGUGUACAUUCAGGACAACGUCGGUCGAGGCUGGGGCUACGGCUUCUCCUUAGCACUCUACCUCGUUGCCGUGCUCACCUUCUUCCUCGGCUCGUCCCGCUUCCGUCACAAGCCGCCGUCUGGCAGCUUUCUCACCCGAAUCGCGCAGGUCGUGGUCGCUUCCUUGCGCAAGCUCCGACUGACCAUCCCAGACGACACCUCGGAGCUGUACAACGCGGCACUCCCGGGGAGCGACUACCUCCACCACACCUCGAGUUUCAGGUUCCUGGACAGAGCAGCAAUCAUAUCCGCGACGGAUCGAGAAGAACUGCAAGCGUGCGAGACGCCGACGAGAUGGCGACUGUGCUGCGUGACACAAGUGGAGGAGUCGAAGCGCAUUCUGCAGAUGCUGCCCAUCUGGGCCACCACGGCCGUGGUUUCCAUCGUCUUCUCGCAGCUGUCGACGUUCACUGUGUCGCAGGGCAGCACGCUGGACCGGCGGCUGGGCUCGCAUUUCACAGUGCCGUCGCCAUCGCUCAACUCCAUCGUGGUGCUCGUCACUCUGAUCACAGCUCCGAUUUACGAUGCCAUCUUCGUUCCGUUCGUGCGGAGGUACACACACCACCCGUACGGGUUCAGCACGCUCCAGCGACUGGGCGCAUCCAUCACCUUCGCCAUAGUGGCUAUGGCCAUCGCGGCGCUCGUCGAGGGCAGGCGCAUUCAGGACGUCCGACGGCUGCAUCUGCAGCAGACCCCGCUGGGAACUUUCGUGCUGCCGAUGAAAAUGUGGUGGCUCGUUCCGCAGUAUGUUGUUUCGGCCAUGAUGGAACUGACUCUCUUCAUAUCCCAGUACCAGUUUUUCUACCACGAAGCGUCUGACGGCACCCGCAGCAUUGCGAGCUCCUUCACCUACUCCGCGUCUGCCAUGGGCUACUACUUGAGUACCGUCCUGGUGGACGUUACGAACCGAGCCACCCGUCACCAGAAGGGAGGCAGCUGGCUGACCGGCAAUCUGAACGACGGAGGCCUCGAGAAGUUCUACUGGCUCCUCGCGGUGAUUUUGGCUUGCGACCUCGUCGUCUUCUUAGUCUGCUCUCGCCUUUACACCUACAAGUAUGACUGGUAUCACGAAGACGUGCAACAGAUGCCGGAUUGCAAUGGUGACAGCGACUUCGAAGGCGCACUAUCUUCGCCCCGACCUGAUGUUGCCAGGGCAUGGGAGCUUCAGUGACAACCAUCAGAUCUCAAGCGUCUGGAAUGAUUACAGCUAUUUUUCCUUGCAUGCUGAAUAAUUUCUGGAGGUGGAUCAUCCUCCGAAAGCGCAAUCUAUCUAGUACUCCAAUUACUCUUCAUACCAUAUCACCUUUCCGGAAAACUGUGUCUAGGACUCUGAACAAGUGCAAGAAACUCAUACAUGUGUGAUGGUCGACCUGAUUCGGCAACUUGCAUGCGAAUAUCGAUUACAAAAUUCUUUCCAUCAUUCUUCAACCAACCAAAAACAAGUUUCCGGCUCAUUGGCAAACCAAACAAUUACGGUAAAGAAGUUCCUGGCGAUAUAUUUCUAUUCGAUUACAAGGCCUGCGUAUCGUCGGCGAGCUAGAAAGCUCAAGUCCGAAGAUGGGAAUGAAAAAAGCGUCCGGCUUGAAAGCCGAGAACCUAAGAUAGAAGUUCAACGUCGCAGUCUAAGCGGAUUGAGCUUCUCACGGUCUACGGACCCACAGACCUACGGAGAUUAUGAGCGACCACACGAAGCUCGAAGGGAUUGAUUGUCCUCGCAGCACUGCCGCUGACUCUUGUGCUGGAGCUGAUGUCACUCCUGGUCCGCUUGGAGGCGC